AAACGGAAUAAAAUACUCAGUGAACGUUUUGACCACGAGUCAAUUGUACCUGCUGGUUUUUAUUUUUAUUAUUCUUAAAAAAAUCGUUUAACUAUGAAACUAUUUAUUUCCAUAUUUUGGAUGGUCCUGUGUACUAUGUCUAUAUUUCAAAAUGGGAGUGCAUUUGCAGGUAAAUGUGUUUUUUGCAAAUUUGGAUCCAUCUUGACACCUGUUAAUACAUCGGUGGUUUCCACAAAAUUAAACACUGAUAGACUGAAGACACGGCAUUCAAUGACAGUGUCAUUACAGAACUCGAUUAUUGUAAAAACUAGCUUGGACCAUCAUACUGAAAACGAGUUACUGACUUCCAUAAAAUCUGCCGAAGAUCUUAUAAAAUUCAGUUCCCAGAAUUCACUGGCCGACUUGUCACCGGAAGACAAGGAAUCUCUCGUUAUAGUCAUAACGUCUGUGUACGGUCAUAUUAUGGAUCCGCUGCCACCCGCCAUGGUCUUAAACUUGGUCAACAUGUUCGCGUGUUCUCCAAAAUUGCUCUCAACGAUUCCACAGCCAUGUCUGAUUUCAGCACUUUCGAUAUUGGCGGUCAACCGAUGUGCACUGUGCGAAGUUCCCACAAAAGACAGUGUCCUAUUUUUAAACGGAUUGCUGUCACUGUCCCCGGGUGUCCUGAACAGCAUUCCGAGGGGAAGUUUCAUAUCCAUAGUGGGAAUAGUGAAUACUCCCGAAUUUUUCAACGACUUACCACAAUCGUCUGCAAUUAACUUGAUCACUGCGCUAUCUAUGUCUAAAUCGUCGAUCAAGUGUCUUCCAUUGCCGACUUUAGUGUCGUUACUGACGUUCAUGGCCUCCAAACCACCUACGGAGUUGAUGAUCAGAAUGCCUCCUUCCACUCUUUUUGGUUUUCUGGACGGCCUGUUGGACACCCUGGACGAGUCUUCACCUUUCCUGGUGAACACAAUUCCGACUCCGGUGCUCGUCGCCAUCCUAAAUCCUGUAAUGAAUUCGCGCAUGUUGAGCGUCAUGCCAAUGAGUACUUUUGACUUGUUGUUUUCCGUCCUAGGAUCGUCACAAGCGUUAUCUAAAUGCUUACCAAUUUCAAAUUUCCUGUCAAUUUUUAAUAUUUUAAUAACUUCACCUAAAAUAUUGAGUUCGUUAAAUCCCAAUAAUGUCGCGAAAAUGCUAUCCACGGUGGCGUCAUGUCCUUCAAUAAUGGACGGUCUACCUUCAACUUUAAUGCUCCAGUUUUUAGACUCGAUAACAGUUUAUUUGCCGUCUUCUCUGGCCUGUAUUACGGCUAACGAAUAUUCAUUAUUGUUCGGGAAAAAAAAUUAGAAAACAUAUUUCAAUGCUAUUAAAUACCAUAUUAAAUAUUUUAUCAAAAAUUAGUUCAAACAUAUGUAUUAUAUUUUAUUAUUUAAGUUUCUAUAAUUUUUUUUUAUAUUUAAAUUAAUUUAUCCUUUAUGAACUAUAAUACUGUAAAUUAUACGUAAUUUCAUUAUGGCUAUUUCAUUUAGAUUUAAAUUGCAAUAUUUUUUUUAUUUUUUAUUUGUAGUGAAUAAAACCCACUAUAUAGGGCCAUUGGGAUUCAAUUUUUAUUACAAAAAAUGUUCCAAAUUCUAAUAUCCAAGUAGAUAAUAUUACAAUAUUAUUAUUAUUUUUAUCGAUAGUAGUAUGUUUAUCUAUAAGUAAUAGAUUGUUUAUAUAUAGUAAUAUUUAUAUAUAAGUAAUAAUUAUUGAAUUGGAACACUAUCUUAAGGAUCUGAAAACCAUAUAAAAUAUUUUUUAAAACCUUAAAAUGGUAUUUUUUGAAUUCAUAUUGUCUUUAUUUUUCAAUUGUUGUGAUUAUAUUUUGAUAUUAGAAAGAGAAAAAGUCAGUUAUGAAUAAAUAUUAAGUAUUUUGUAACAAUUGAACUGUAAACUAUAGAUUUAAAAAUAUUUGUAUCUUACAAAUAUAUGGUUAAUGAUUAUGAAUGAAUAAAUAUGUAAGAUGUGUAAGACUUAAACAUGUACAUUAAUAA